AUGGCUCCUCAUUCUCUACCGCCGCCUUCAAAGAAGAGAAAAACCCACAAAGAAGAAUAUGGCUCUAGAAUAAAGCAAUUAGAAGAAGAAAUAACGGAAGCAGUAGGCAAGAAUUUGUCUCUGAAUCCACUUGCGGACCUGUUAGCUCUGGCAUACGAUGUGGAAGACCCCCACGAUACCUCGAAAGCAAUAUACGCUCUGUAUAGAGUGUUUGUUGUGAUUAUCUCGAAUAAAAAGCUCGAUGUUGGUGGAGACGAAGCAGCAAAAGUGGUUAAAGCAUGGAUCUGGGAGCGCUUGCAAUCGUACACCGACUUUCUGGGGAGCCUUUUGCAAGACGACGAGAAGUUCUUGCGCGUAAGCAAGCCAAGCUAUGUCAGGGAGAUGAUAAGUUUAACGUUUUUUAGACUUCAGCAUUACAGAUAA